AACGAGAACACACAUGCUAUACAUAGAUCUCAGACUGAAGAUGAUCAUGCUGAUAUGGAUUACAAGGAUGCUUUUUAAUCAAAUUAAUUUUGCACAGACAAGCGGUAUCAAUCAGCCAACCCCAAUAAUCACUGCUGAUGUUGGUGAUAAUGUGACUUUGCACUGCUUUCAAAUAGAAAAUGAAAAUACUGAAGUUGUCAUUUGGUACAAGCAAAAAAUAGGACAUGAGCCUCAUGUAAUGGUCACGGUUCAUCAUACACCUACUUAUGAAAAGAAGUUCAAGUCACCAAGAGUCAACAUUGAGAAAGAAAAAGGGGGCUGCCAUUUAAAAAUUUCUGAUGUGCAACCAUCAGAUGAAGCUAUGUAUUACUGUGGAAUUCUAAACUAUGGAAAGGCGUUUGGAAAAGGAACAUUUUUAUCAGUGAAAGGUAAACCUGAUUUAAGCGUCUCCGUGUUCCAAAGUGGCGGGUUGGACUCGGUUCCUGCAGGAAUGUUAGUGACUCUGCAGUGCUCGGUUCUCUCUGAGAGCAGAGCAGCAGAACUCCAAGUGCUCUGGUUCAGAGCUGCUCCACCACAAUCCCAUCCUCAAAUCAUUUACACUCAUCACAACAGCAGCCAUCAGUGUGAGAGCGGCUCUUCUACACACACCUGUGUGUACAACUUCUCCAAGAACAUCCUCAGCCUUAAUGAUACUGGGACUUACUACUGCGCUGUGGCUGUGUGUGGGAAGAUUGUUUUUGGAAAUGGGACAAGAGUACAACUGGAGAGCUCUGUGGAUCCUGUAGUGAUCGGCCUCGCUGUAGCUUUGGGAGUGUGUGUGGUUAUGAUCUUUGCUUUAACCUUUGCUGCAACUUGUAAAAGCAGAAAUCAUGAACUAUAUAGAGAGAGAUUAGACGGUUCAGUGACAAAUAAAAGCCACAAUCAGGAGUCUGAUAAUAUGGAGCUGAGUUAUGCUGCCUUACAUUUCAAUGGGAGGAGAACCAAAAGAGGAAGAGUAAAGAAACACCAAUCGCAAGAUAUUAUAUAUUCAGAUGUGCAAUGUCCUCCUAUAACUUAGAUUUAGUCUUUAAGAUGAUUUAGUGUCAAUAAUUUUUAAUGUUUCCAGGUUUCAUUUUUACUGUAGGUAUGUGGAGUUAUUCUGAAAGGUUAAUAAUUUAAGCUCUAAUCUAAUAGUCCCAAAAUCACUCAAAAACUUUUGACUUUAAUAAUGGUUCUGGGAAUGAGAUUUUAUUUUUUAUUUUUUUAUUAAAAAAAAAAAAAAAACAGUUGUUACACUAGUGAGAAAAAAAAAGCAUACAGUACUCUGUUUCUUAUGUUGUUUAAUAUUACAGUAAAAUAGUGGCAUCAAAUGGUUAAAAAUUUGGGCUUUCAUACUGAUGCUAGUUCAUUUGAAACCCUAGCACAUAGAUACAUGCCAGCAACA